AUGCAGACAGUGUACGCACUCGGGGGCUUCAUCGACACCUGCCCUGAGAUUCGUUUCUGGGACCCGGACUCUAUCUGGGGAAACAAAUACAAGACCUCGCCAUAUUUGGUCGCCAGGUGCACAAGCAGUGACGGCGAUGACUAUUGCACAUGGCUGCCAUUGACGAUGUGCUAUUCCAACAUUGGUGGCCAACUUGUGGCUCGAAGUCAGUAA